AUGAGAUUGAGUGAUCGCGAUGCUGGCCCAGCAAUCAAUGCAAGACUAGAGCCCUUGGGCCGAACAGCUCUCAGCAUCAUUUACGCUGACAAAUCCGAGCCUCAAGUUGCUAUAAAAGUUACCGGUUUCUGGCUAGACGGGGAAAUGUACGAUCGUGCAGCCCUUGCCGAGGACUGCAGUGAGACGUUCAAGCGUGAAGCUGCCAUCUAUGAUGCUUUGGGUUCGCAUGAACACAUACUCAAAACAUAUGGGGCUGCAUAUCUCCCUGCCGUUCAAGGCGAAGAAUCAGACCCCUCGGUCAAGAGCGAGAGAGAAGCCUGGGCAUUGAAACUUGAGAGAGCUCCUCAUGGUAACCUUCGCGAGCGCAUCCUCAAGGGCGAUGCACUACCUAUGGCUCAACGUUUGACCAUGGCGAUCGACCUCGCCGAGACUCUACAGUAUAUCCACAGUCGAGGCGUGUUGUGGGGCGACAUCUCAACGCGGAAUAUUCUCCUCUUCGAUAACCACCAUAUCAAACUGAGCGACUUUGCCGGUUCCAGUCUACGUGGGAUAUAUCCGGACGUGAUGUUUGCUUGCGAGCCUCGCUACUGGAUUCCUUCGACAGAUCCUCCAAGCCCGGAAAAAAGCAGGUUUGAGAAGGAGUUAUUUGCCCUUGGGACUGGUAUCUGUGAGAUUACUGAGUGGGCAGUGCCAUACGGCACGAUUGAAGUCGAGGAGUUGCAGGAGAAGCUUAUGUGUGGGGAGUAUCCGCAUCUGAGCGAGGACAAUCCUGCAAAACACGUCAUCCGGGGACUUUGGAACUUGACCUAUACUUCUGUUGAAGAGGUUUCCAACGAUCUUCGCAAGCUUUCGAGUUAA